CAUAUGGUGCAGCCCUGGCGCUGGAGUUUCCCUCCACAUCUUUCGUUGUUUGUUUGCUUUGCAAUUUAUCUGGACUAGUUUCGACGUUAAAUUGCUUAUUGGAUGAGUGGCAAGCCGCUUAAGCCCAAGCCACCGGGUGGCCAGCCCGGUGGUGCCCAGGGAUUGCCUCCACAGAAGCAGACCAAGGACCGGCUGUACCACUGCGGCUCCUGUUUGGCCAGCUUUCGCUGGUACCCAAAGACCAAGCAGCACGAGCAGCAGUGUGCGGGUCGCUUGUGGCGCCUCCACAUCUGCAAGCACUGCCUGACCCUCUUCGGGGACGAGAAGGUGCUGGAGCGGCACCUGGCGCGAAAGCAUGCCGACGGCCGAUUCCUGUGCCUGCAGUGCGGCAAGCGCUACUCCUCGACGACGUUCCUCUACCGGCACGUAGUGUCCUGGCACGGCCUGCAUUCGCUCUUCUACUGCGCUAUGUGCGCGAAUAGCCGCAACGAUGUGAGGACUUUCAGCAGCAUGGAUGAGCUGCAGGCACAUGCCGAGCUCGCACACGAUCUGGCGCCAAGGAAAAUCCACAGCGAGGUGGGCGAUACCGAGGAGCUGGAAAUGCUGGAGGAGAACAUCGACGAUAUACUGCCGAGCGUGGACUGGGAUGACGAUGUCACCUUUGGCUGGCCCAUGGACCUCGACAAGGAGGCCUGCAUAGCCGAUCACAAGCCCAGCGGCUAUGUGUGCCCCAUCUGUGGAAACGGCUUCCCCGGCAGCAUGAGCCUGAUCCGCCACCUCGCGGACACACACCAGAAGAGCUCACUCGAGUGCUGCUUCUGUAGCAAGUUGCACACGACCCGAGGGGCAUUGCGAGGACAUCUCGAACGUAUGCAUGUCCUGAUCCGCCGCCAUGUGUGCCAUAUCUGCCAGGCGGACUUCACCACCGUCGAUCACCUCAAAAAGCAUGUGCAGAGCAGCCACAUCAAAGAUCGUCCCUAUCUGUGUCCCGCCUGCGGUAAGGGCUACAAUCGGCUAUGUGACCUCAACAAACAUAUGUGCUCCACCCAGGAGCAGGGACGGGAGCCACACAUUUGCCAGUUGUGCAAUUAUGCCUUCCGUCGGACCGUCGAUCUCAAGCAGCAUGUCAUCAAGAAGCAUAAAUAAAGG